UGUACUUGUUAUCAAAACACUCGAACCUUGAUUACCGUUGGAGGACAAUUGUCCGCUAGCAAUCCUUUUAAAAUCAUCAAAGAUAAUCAAUGAACUAUUUGAAAAAACGAUUCAGUCGAAUCUCGGCACGGAAAGGUUAAAGAUGGCCGUUCCUCAAAUAGCGUGGCUCAUGCUUGCUGUUAUCGUGUUGGCACAUGGCACGCACUCACAGUAUACCGGCUUGAGGAGUAUCAAACCCAGGGUCGAACCUGCUACAGGUCGCAUCAUCGGGGGUUACGAAGCCCAACCCCAUUCCUACCCCUACGCGGCGGCCCUGUCUCUGAACUACGGCAGCAGUUUCUGUGCUGGUUCCCUCAUCUCGCCUAACUACGUGCUCACUGCCGCUCACUGCGGCGCAGUAAUCGCCACCGUCAACGUCAUCCUCGGCGCUCAUAACUUCAGAAACACCUCGGAACCUACCCAGGUGGUGGUAACGGUGCCCAGUAGUCGCGACGUCAUAGUCCACGAGCAGUACGACUCAACUACAUUGCGUAAUGACAUUGCGCUGAUAAGGCUGCCGCAAUCGGUCGCCUUAACUUCGGCGAUUCAGGUGGCUCAGCUACCGUCCAGGUCCAGGUCCACUCCGGGAACGAACGUGAAUGACGUAACCGUUGCUUUGGGAUGGGGUCUUACUCAGGACGUUCCGGUUAAAACAACUUCGGACCUAUCGCCGGUGCUGAGGGCUGUGAACGUGACCAUUAUGAACGUGGACGACUGUGCAGAGUACUACAACGACCAAAUCACUUACGUCACCGGCCAGAACUCGUGCACUUCCGGUUACAAGCUCAAGGGUACGUGCGACGGCGACUCAGGUGGUCCUCUAGUCACCAGAGAUGGGGUCUUAGUCGGGGUCACGUCGUUUGGUACCCCCGAUUGCGAAACGUGCUAUCCCUCGGUGUAUACGGACGUCUCCAAGUACCUCGACUGGAUCGAGCAAAACUCUGACGUGAUUGUAGGAACCAUCGAGUCCCAUAUCGGUUUAAUGUUACAUCCUGUUAUCGCGCGUCGAAAGAUGGCGACCCCAUUUGCCGUGCUGCUGUUUGUAGCGCUUCUAAAUACCGCGUACUCCCAGUAUGACGCGCUGAGAAGCCUGAAACCCACAGUCAAAGCGGCGUCCGGUCGCAUCGUCGGCGGUUACGAAGCCGAACCUCAUUCCUACCCCUUCGCGGCGGCGCUGUCGCUCAACUACGGCUACGCUUUCUGCGCAGGCUCGCUGAUUUCGCCCAACUACGUGCUGACAGCAGCGCACUGCGGGGCAGCAACGGUGCUGGCAGAUGUAAUCCUUGGCGCCCACAACUUCAGAAACACUACCGAGGCCACUCAAGUGGUGGUAACAGUAUCCGGUAACGAUGACGUCAUAAUCCACGAGCAGUACAACGCUACCACUCUGCGCAACGAUAUCGCGUUGAUUAGGCUGCCGCGAUCUGUAGCGUUAAGUCCGGCGAUCCAGGUGGCUACACUUCCGUCCAGGUCUGGGGUCACUCCCGGUUCGAAUGUGGACGACGUCACUAUAGCGGUAGGAUGGGGCGUUGUGCAUGACGUGCCGGGAAAGAAUACAGGGGACCUGUCGCCGGUGCUGAGGGCAGUUAACGUGACCAUCAUGAAAGUAAAUGACUGCGCAGAGUACUACAACGAUGAAAUCACGUACGUGACCGGCCAGAACUCUUGCACUUCAGGCUACAGGCUCAAAGGCACGUGCGACGGUGACUCGGGUGGUCCUCUGGUCACCAAGAACGGCGUUUUGAUAGGGAUCACGUCGUUUGGUGAUCCCGAUUGCGAGGCUUGUUACCCUUCAGUGUACACCGACGUCUCCAAGUACCUGGACUGGAUCGAACGGAACUCUGACGUGAUUAUAGGGUAG